CGAAAAGUAUAAAUACAGGCAGGUAAAUGGAAUUGUGGUACUACAGCUCAUUCAAAUCCUGAAUCGAUCUAUUAGUAAUUAUUAAAAAUGGCAAUUCCCAAGGUUGGUAUUAACGGUUUCGGUCGUAUUGGACGUAUUGUCCUCCGUAACGCUAUUCAAGCAAAGUCUGUUCAAGUCGUUGCUGUCAAUGACCCCUUCAUUGAACUCGAGUAUAUGGCUUAUAUGUUCAAGUAUGAUUCCACUCACGGCCAAUACAAGGGUGAAGUUGACAUUAAGAAUGGAAAGUUGGUGAUUGAUGGUAAUCCCAUCACUGUCUUCAACGAGAAGGAGCCUGCCGACAUCAAGUGGGGCUCUGUCGGUGCUGAAUAUGUCAUUGAAUCCACUGGUGUCUUCACCACCCAAGAAGCUGCUUCUGCUCACUUGAAGGGUGGUGCUAAGCGUGUCGUCAUCUCUGCUCCUUCUAAGGAUGCUCCUAUGUACGUCGUUGGUGUCAACCAUGAGACUUUCAAACCUGACCAAAAGGUCAUCUCUAACGCCUCUUGUACCACCAACUGCUUGGCCCCCUUGGCUAAAGUUAUUAACGAUGCCUUCGGUAUUGAGGAGGGUUUGAUGACCACCGUCCACUCUGCUACUGCUACCCAAAAGACUGUUGAUGGUCCCUCCAAGAAGGACUGGCGUGGUGGUCGUACCGCCAGUGACAACAUCAUCCCCUCUUCCACCGGUGCUGCCAAGGCUGUCGGUAAGGUUAUUCCUUCUCUCGACGGCAAGCUCACUGGUAUGGCCUUCCGUGUUCCUACCACUGAUGUCUCCGUUGUUGACUUGACCGCUAAGCUCUCUAAGCCUACUACUUAUGAAGACAUCAAGAAGGCCGUCAAGGCCGCUGCUGAUGGCCCCCUCAAGGGUAUCAUCACCUACACUGAAGAUGCUGUUGUCUCCCAAGACUUCGUUGGAGACAUCAGUUCUUCUAUCUUCGAUGCCACCGCUGGUAUUCAACUUUCUCCCCAGUUUGUUAAGCUCGUUGCCUGGUACGACAACGAAUACGGCUACUCUCGCCGUGUUGUUGACUUGGUUGCCUACACUGCCUCCAAGGACAAGUAACUAGCUAGCACGCCGGAUGUCAAGAAGCGACGAGUGAACGUUUAGGAGUUUUCAUUUUUAUUUUUAACGAAGAAAUAUUUUUCACCUACGAAUUUUUGAUGCCUUCACUCAGUUCUUUCACGCUUUUUUAACGUACAUAUAAUCUAAAUAACGAUUUUUUGACUAUUCUCUUGAAAAAAAAACAAUUCAGAGCAAGUAAUGUAAUAUUGCGAGAAUAUAAAACGUUCUCCUAAUAAUCCCUUAUUCAUUUGGUG